GCGACGACGCGUUAACGUCAUCACGCACGGUGUCUGCCUGCACGGACCCAAGAUGGCGUUUACUUUCGCGGCCUUUUGUUACAUGUUGGCGCUGCUUCUCACUGCCGCACUCAUAUUUUUCGCUAUUUGGCAUAUUAUAGCAUUUGAUGAAUUGAAGACUGACUACAAGAAUCCUAUAGACCAAUGUAAUACACUCAAUCCUCUGGUACUUCCUGAGUAUCUCAUCCAUGCCUUCUUCUGUGUCAUGUUCCUGUGUGCAGCAGAGUGGCUUACACUGGGUGUCAAUAUGCCACUGCUGGGCUACCAUGUCUGGAGGUACAUGACUAGACCAAUAAUGAGCGUUCCAGGUCUCUAUGAUCCUACUACUAUUAUGAAUGCAGAUAUACUAGCAUAUUGUCAGAAGGAAGGGUGGUGCAAACUAGCAUUUUACCUGUUGUCUUUUUUUUACUAUCUAUAUGGAAUGAUCUAUGUGCUGGUGAGUUCUUAAAUAACAUUUGUGAGAUCCACUGAAAUUGUUUACUCCAUGCAAGAAACAGAAGGAUAAUGGUUUUUCAAGAACUUGGGGCUCAUCUGCAGAACAUGUAGUUCACCAGAUAUGAAUGGCUUAUAUAUAUACAGAUUAAAUGCUUUUCCUUACUUUUCAUGGACAUUUUGGCCCCAGGGUUUUUUUUAUGUUUUCUGCCUGUAGAAAAAAUGAUUUCUGCAGUUUGCCUUGAUCCAAAACUCAAGAACUAAGUUUGUUCUUUACGUAUGAAAUCACUAAUCACAGAUUAUGUUUUAAAUGUAACAUUGAAUCGCACUCCUGUUUGCUAUUUACAGGUAUAUUAUGUAAAAAAAAAAAUUAUGUAACUUGGCUCAAAUAUAGUGUCCAGUUUAAAAAUAAAAGACCAGAGAAAUCUGGAUGUAGUUUGGACCCCUAAAACUCAAUGGAUAUUAUUUACACUUUUAGUAAAUUGAACAUUUAUAGUCUCUUUUGGAUUGUGCAAACAGAAUUUAUUUUAAAAGUUUAUUGUAUCCACAGGAAAAUGAUGGAAAUAACUAUGAUAGUCAAUCUUUACAGAGUAUACAAACUAAAGUUCUUUUUACACAAAUGGGUCCCUUUCCCAUGCAAAGUAACAUUUAUUUAAAAAUAAAUUUUUUUGUUUUUGUUAAACAUUUGUCUGAAAAUACUUUUAGCUCUAGUAAUGGUGCCGAAGUUCUCCAUGUUGAUUUGACUUACAUAUUUAUAUAGUUUUUAACUCACUACACAACAUAUUUAGUUAUUUCGAGCCUCAGUAUAGCAAUUGUUUUAAUUAUGUUUGAGGUUCAAACAACACUCUUUUUAUCAUAAUAGCUCAUGUUAAUUUGUUCACUGAUGUCACUGGAUGUGGUGUGCAACAGCUAUGUUUAUUUUUCUGCACAAAAUCCUGCAAAUAAAAGGCUUGGAAAUUAAUUAAUGAAUGUUAAAAAUGUGUGCUGAAAAAUACAACAUUUUAUGUUUAGGUGAACCAUGGGAAAUGUUCAAUAACAAAAUGAUAAUAUAGAAGGGCUUGGAUUGUGUUUGGUACUACAUUAGAAAUAUCCCUGUUAGCAAAUUGAGACUGCUGUUUAAGAAUGGACUACAUAACAUUUUAAUGAAAAGGUACAACUGUAAAUGAACAAAACUGAUUAAAGACUUUACCAACCA